GUUCCAGCCCUGUUUUAAAUGGUUUAAACCUCCAUCCAGACCCUGAAGAAGUCCGUCAUCUAAGUUUACCGGUUAAACCCGGAGUGGGGAAUGGACCCUCCAGGACCGUGAUUGGACACACCCGAUUUACAAUAAUUCCUUAAAAAAAAAACACUUAAACAGUCACUAUAAACAAUUUAAACAGUCACUUUAAACAAUUUAACAAUUUGGAAACGGUAAAUCCGUGCCGGUUGGCAUAGCAACGCAGCUUGGACACGGUAAAUCCGUGCCGGUUGGCAUAGCAACGCAGCUUGGACACGGUAAAUCCGUGCCGGUUGGCAUAGCAACGCAGUGCGAAGGCGGGUCCUCUCUGUUACGCCGCGCGGGAAGUGAGGCGCGGAUCCGGGCUCCGUGUGAUGACGCAGCCGCUGCUCGGUUGCUAUGGCGCGGUUUAAACCGGGAGAAUUUUGUAACUGAAUUCCUCCCGGGAUAAACAAAACCGAGGUCUGUAGGGUGACUGUUUCUUACAAACCGCUGGGGACGGACUGUCUGCCAGCCUACAGGCACAUUGAACAACCCUUUUGGGGCUGAAUUAUCAUUAUUAUUAUUAUUAUUAUUAUUAUUAUUAUUAUUAUUAUUAUUAUUAUUAUUAUUAUUAUUAUUGUGUUGUGGUUGCAGCUGAAGCCGGGUGUUGGUUUUGAAAUAUAUUUGUUUACACGAUGUACACAUGCUCGUGUUUACUGCUGCACCCGGAGUAUCAUUACUGGGAAUUUGCCUGACAUUUUUGGACUACAAUUUGUGUGCGAUUAAACCGAAGAAGAGGCAAACGCGAAAGUGUUUGAGUGAGACUGGCGGAGCAAAACUAUCUGACAGGGACAGAGAUGGCCGGGUUUGUGCAAAGCGAGGACCUAAUGAGUGACGUGGAACCCCUCCCAGCCUCCCUGCCCCCCACCCCCUCCGCGUCUCUCCGCCCGAAGGGGCGGGACGCAGCGCUGGAGUCCCGCCGGCAAAACCUGACCCAGUCCUGGCCGUCCAGCCCUUACUCCUCCUUCGCUUCCUGCGGGGAAGUCACGGCCCGGCUGUACUCCUCGCUGCAGAAGAGCCGAGAGGCGGAAGCCCAGGCUCACCGCAGCGUGGACCGCCAGACCGCGGGAGAACACAACGGCCGACGCCGGUCUGUCCCAGGUGACGCUGCGCCUUUAGACGCGCCCCGCGAAACGUGCGCACGGACACGCCCCUCGCAGGUCUCGUCCAAUCGGGCGCUGUCGUUUGCCUCGCUAGCGGUUGCCCCCGGUGGGUGGGAGGAGAGAUCCAGCGGGACUCUGCCGUCUUCUGCUCCGGGUUCUGAUGCUGCUGCCUCUGGCUUCUGCAGCCAGCCCCAGCUGUGUGCUGGGAGGAGCGGCCAGCUCAUUGCCGGGGGCGACCUGGAGUUGCUGGCCGGGGAGAUGGAGCAGAAGCUGCAGGUUGGGGUGGAGACCAGCUCUGCCAUGGUUAAGAACGGGACCCGCUGCAUUUCGGACAUGGAGUCGGUGCGCUCCCACCUCCAGACGAUCCUGAAGGGGUCUGCAGACCCACCCCACAGGGGCUCCCUCGCUCCGGUUUCACUGCAGCAGCAGGAGGAGGGUGGUGAUGACGCCUCGUUUGAAAGCGACAGCACUGCCAGCCUGCUCAAUGCCAGACCCCUGCAGGAGGAGUCGUCGCCCCCCCUGUCGGUCAGCGGUCUGGAGGGCCUCUUCCCUCGGUACAGCCGGCUCCACGCGGACAGGACCGGCCUGCCCUCCUCCUCCUCCUCCUCGGGACAGAUCCUGAGGGACAGUGUGGAGAAGGAGAGGACGAGACGCAGGCACUGUGAGAAACAGAUACAAAAUCUUCACAACAAGACCCUGGAGCUCCAGCAGCAGCUGGCUCUCGCCGUGUCGGCUGACCGGAAAAAGGACAUCAUGAUCGAGCAGCUGGACAAGACUCUGGCCAAGGUGGUGGAAGGGUGGAAGAAGCACGAGGCAGAGAAGAAUGAUGCUGUAAAGAGACUGCAGGAGGAGAAGGAGGCUGCAGAGAGGGCCCAGGCUGAACAGCAGAAGGUGCUGGUUCAGUUUGAGGAGAGCCUGGCGCAGGCUGUGGAGGCCAUGGCACUGGAACAGAAGCAGGCAGCGCACCUGCAGAAGGAGAAGCUGCUUCUGGGGGAGGAGCUGGCCGGCUUGCAGAGGCAGGUGGAGGAGCACAGGCAGCGAGGCCGGGCCCUGCAGGAGGAGCUGGAGGAGGCUGGGAGAGCCAGGCUGCUGGCGGAGAGGCAGGGGGAGGCGCUGAGAGACACGCUGGGGGAGCAGAGGGACGCCUGGGCCAGGAGAGAGAGGGAGCUGGAGGAACGGCUGGCCCAGCAGGAGGCGGACUUCAGCAGGCAGCUCCAGACAGAGAAGGAGAGACGAGAGCGUGAGAGCCAGCGUGUCCAGGACUCCCAUCAGGUCCUGCUGUCUGUCCAAGCGGAGGUCCAGAGGCUGGAGACAGAGCUGGAGACUGCGCAGAGGGACAGGGACGCCCUGCGCAUGGAGAUGAGCCUGGCCGAGGCUCGGUUUGAGACUCACAGGUUGAAGAUGGAGUCUGAGUUGAAGAUCUCUCUGGAGCAGCAGUUGACUGACAGACUCGCUCCCCUCCAGCAGGAGCACGCAGAGCAAGCCUCCGCGCUGAGAGAACAGCACAGAAAGCAGAUCAUGGAGCUGAGUGCCCACCAGCAAAGCGAGCUGUCCAAUCAGCUGGCCCAAUUCAGGGCGGAGCUGCAGGAGAGAGAGGAGAGGCAUCGACGAAUCACAGAGGAGUAUGAAAUGAGGCUGGUCAAAAGCCAGGAGGAGAUUUCAGAGCUGCAGGCUGGGAAGAGGAAAGCAGAGUCCCAGAGAACAGACCUGGUCAAACGAUUGCAGAGCAUGAUGCAGUCUCACUGGAACGAGGCGCACAAAGUGUUAAUGACGCAGAACUCUCCGCAGACCGGCCGGCUGAAGCAGAUGGAGGACCACGGUGCAGACCAGCCCCUCUUCCUGUCCAAGAGCUCCGGCAGGCAGGAGCUGAGAGACCGGGGCUCCGAUAACUGCGAUUCAGGCUUCCCGGCAGCCCUGAGCUGCACCGCGUCCGAGCUGAAGGGGGCGCCGCAGGGCAGCCUGGGAGAGAGGCAGGAGGGGAGCGCAGGCAGGACAGGGCCCCAGGAUCAGCAGCCUGGCUGGGGUUCGAAGGAGCAGAGGAGAGGGAGGGAGCCUCCUGGGGAGGUGGGAGGAGCGCGCCUUCCGCUAGAAAACAAGUCCAGCUACCAAGCCUUGCGGGAGCCCCGGAGCUCCCAGAAUGCAUUUCCCCGCGCUGUCCCGCUCCAAGCAGUGAUCCAGCUCACCUCACAGAGACCCCCUUCCGAUUCCUCGGACCCCCAGCCUCCCCCAAGAGGCUUCUCUAUAAACCAGCGGAGCGGCGCUCAGCAGCCCCCGCCUCCUCACCAGCCGCCCCCCCCCCGCCGGAGCCCCCUCCUUCCUGCCCCCGCCCCAGGCCGACCUCAGCAGCUUCUUCCACAGCAGCUUCCUCAGCAGCCAGGGCUUCUCCCCAUUGGAGCCGCAGCUGGAUGAGACCGCACUGACCGCUCUGGGUUUCCAUCGGGACGAGCUGGCCGAGCAUCCUCUAGCGGAGGAGAGAGGAGAGGGGAGCGGGCAGCGCGGGCACAGCCUGGGCACCAGCCUGGACUCCAGCAGCAGCUGCAGCAAACACAGCGAGCUGCAAC